AACAUGGCGGCUUGCAUGAGUGAGAACGGUGCAGAUAGAAAACUUGAAUUCUUUUUAAAGGUCCCUUUUCCAUCUGAGAGAGAGGCGACUAUUGCCCUGCAGUCUUUAUCUCCUGAUCCUGAGCCCAGGAAAGGAGGAAUCACUAAAAAUCUGGAUGUUUCAGGACAAACACUGUCUGUGAGAUGGACUGCAGACGAAGCCCGUAUUCUUCGUGUUUCUGUAAGUUCGUUUUUGGACCACUUGUCUCUAGUGAUGGAAACCAUGGAUGCAUUUGGACCACCUGUUUCACAAUGACACUCUGAGACACAAAUACAAGCAUAAGAGGAGAAAUGUGGAUGCAGAAGCUGUUUUUGCACCGUGUAAUGAGGAUGUCCAAGAGAAACAUCUGCUACCAUGUGUUCAGUAUGGAUGCGAGGACUCAAAAAGCACAAUUAAUGUCUGAGAAAUGCAACACAUCAUCAUAAUGUCUUAAGAAAAUGUUUUUUUGAGUUGUGUUAAAAUUUAGCAAUGUAACAGAAGCCAAAACAGUGUUUUGUCAUUUGAAUAAAGAUUUAUUAUUGGA